AUGUCACUUUUUGACUUCGACUCCUUCAAUGGCGCCAUAUCGUCGUUGAACAAUAGAACGUCCGUUUCGCGGUCUAUGGACGAUGAGGACUACCCCUACUCAGAUCUCAAUUUUGCCGACCUGAACGACGUGAUGAGCAGCUACAACUCCAGCGGCAUGUCUCCCUACUCCAGUGGCUCGUCUCCAGACAACAUGUUUCCAAUAACAUUUGACCCUCACAGCUAUGAUGAGAGUAAUGACAUAAUGGCGAAAUCCGGGUCCAACAGCACUGUGACCGCCAACACUGGCGAGCUGCCGUCGCUGUCCACAACAAGAACAGGAUCGUCGCAAAGCGACCCGGUAGUGAAGCUUGAAGAAGAUGAUAUCGUGCUGAAGCGCAGGAAGCAGCCUAGCUCCAAGAUAAUCGACCAUCCAAUCUCAAAAGGCAAGAAGUUCAAGUCGCCUCACAACCUGAUUGAGAAAAAGUAUAGAACCAACAUCAACACCAAGAUUGUUGAGCUGCGGAAUUGUGUUCCGACCCUGCGCAUUCUUGUGGCGAAGGAGAAUAAUCACCACACAAAUUCCACGGUCAAGGAUGAAGAGUAUGUUGAUGAUUACGAAGGAGACGGGUACACAGAUGACGAAGAGAAGCUGGACGGUCUGCAGCCGGCCAGGAAGCUGAACAAGGCAACGAUAUUAUCCAAGGCUGCUGAGUACAUCAAACAUCUUGAAUGGAAACACGAGGUGUUGAAACGCAAAAACGAGCAGCUGGCCCGCAUGCUCAAGAAUCUCAACCCGGAAAUCGACUUGUCAGACUCUCUGGAGGAGGCAUCCAACCCCUCCUACAGCGGCUCGAGUCGCCAUUCGUCGCCUUCACUGUAUUCGAAUACCUCUCCAAAUACGAACUCUGACGGCUCGAUGUCCCUGUCGAACAAGGUUUUGCUGGGCGGAAUGACCUGCAUGCUGGGUGCAUCCGCCUUUGACGACAUGUCGGGAGGCGUUGGAGAUAGAAAAGGUUUGUUUUCUGUUCCUAUCUUUGCAUUUUCGACCUCCUCAUCGUCGACGUCGUUCAACCUGUCUUUAUUGAGGCCUUUCUGGGGAGUCUCCAAGCUGCUGUUUUGCAUUGCCAUGUUCUACUUUUACAUCAUUGUGCCGCUCUUGGGGACGGAGAAAAAGCAGUUCCGUCCGCUCAAGACGUACAAUCGCCUGACGAAUAUGACUACUGCGGAUGUCGAGCACCUGCUGAAAACUGCGGAUCCUUCGAAGCUGUUUGUUGGCCUACUUGGUUUGCUCCACAUGGAGUCUAACGAGACAACCCUGUUUAUGAAGUGUCUCUACAUGAAAAAGUGCGGCAAGCUUGCGGGCUCGGCUUUUGUUGGACGUGAGAUAUUCGACCGUUGGGGACAAUAUUAUUUCAGCCAAUUGAAGAGUUUGGCAAAGGACUCCAAGCUUUGUCUGCUGUUGCAGAACACAACGUACGAAGAACUACCUGUUAUGCCCUUGAAACAAUAUGAACAGUUUGACUUUAUCACGCAAAUACUUCGCUCGCUUGCAGACUCUCUUUUUGAGGAGUCGCUAAUGAAAAUGGUUUGGUUCCAUGCACUGAACAGCAAAUACAAGGAAGAAAAAGAGGACACUUUGGAGCUCGAGAUUGCAGCUACCAAGAUCCAGAUUGCGCGCUUAUUGCAACGCUGCACCGACAUCUCCAAGACACUCGAUCAACCAACGUCUCGGUGCUCCAUCAUCAAGUUCCUGCUCAAGCCUACGGAGGACAACCUCAGAGUGGCUUUUGAGAACCCUCAGGCAGACCGCGACGUUGUUGUUGGCCUUGUUUGCUGCGUGUUGAAGUACCAGCUGCUGAAUUGCGCAGACCGGUACGAGUUGCUGGUUGAGUGGUUAGGCAAAUUGCAGCUCCCAAAGUUCAGCAACGGAGUCUGUAUGUCCUUGUUCGAGUUCGUUGCCAUUCUCAAUGUUUUAGAGCUGACCACGCCAGACCUUCUCCACAGUCUGAACGAAUUCUACAACGACGAGGUGGAUAAGGAAAGCCACAUGGAUGCAGAUGCAGACCAGACUCCUCGUCCGAUCAUCUCGAAACUGAACUUCAGACUACUCAACGUCGUGGCAAACAUGCGCAUAUUUGCCGGGAGCGACAAGUUCUGCGCCUCAAUCGAAGCCAAGGAUCAACUGAUUGAUUUCCUCGUGGGACUUAUCAAAGAGCUAAACGGAUGCUAG